AUGAUUUACAUUAAUUAUUAUUUUAUAUUUAUCUUUUUUUUAUUAAAUAUUUUAUCAAAUGCCAAAAAUAAUAAUACUGUAAAGGUGAAACGAGUAGUUCAUACACCAAAAUUUGAUGUUUAUAAUCCAUUCUUCAAUUUUAAUUUAACUCUUGCUUUACAAGAUCUUUUUCUUGGAAUUCUUAUUAAUACAGGAGCAGAAAAAGUAACAUAUAUGAAACAAAUUAAACAAUGGAAUGGACCUAUUGGUGUAGGAAUUAAUAUGCUUAAUGAAGAUAUUAUAUCAAGUACAUCACAUUGUAUUUAUUGUAAUUUGAAAAGUGUUAAUAAUUUAAACAAUCGACUUGCAGCAUAUUUUUUUUAUAAAUAUUCAAAGAUAAAAAAUUUUCAAAGUAAAGUAAAAAAGUUUUUUAAUAAUAUAGAUUGUAAAAAUAAGAAAACUCUUUAUAUAGCUUGUAAAAAAAGUCAAUUAAAAAUAAAAAACAAAAGCAAUAGUUUACUUAAUUAUCCACAAAAUGCUAUGAAAAAUAAGAUUAAAAAACUUAGUCAAAGUAGUUAUACUAUAUUCCUUGAACCUGGUCAAUAUUUUAGUGAUUUCUUUGAACGCAAAGUACGUUAUCUUGCUGAAGAGCAUCUAACAAAUAACAAAAAAAAUGUUCUUAUUAUAAGAAAUUUUGAAAUAUUAACUUCAUCAAAAAUUCGUCCUAACAAUAAAAAAGUACUAGAACAAUUAAUUAAAAAUGAUACUGCAUUUGAAAUUGAUCAAAAUGAUUUCAUAGUAACUCAUCAAACUCCAAAAUUACGUCAAUGGUUUGAAACAAAUGAUUCAUUUAUUGGUUCACUUCAAUUUGAAAAAUCUUAUGAUAAUAUUUAUUGGGAUCCAAUAGUUGUCCUUCCAAAAAUUGCCCCUCCUUUUGAUGAAGAAUUCCCAUAUCCUUUUGAUACAGAUACACAACAUAAACGUGAAUUAUGUAGAGCAAAUUUUCGCUUCCUUGUUGUAAAUGAUGUAUUUGUUUACCAAUAUGCAAAUACAAAACUUGAAAAUAAAUUACAUUCUAAUUCAAAUGAAUCAUUACUUUUAAGACAAAAAAUGUUUAUAGCACAGAAAAAAUUCAACAAUCGUAUGAAUAAAUUAUAUCCCGAAACAAAGAAUACUUGUUUUACUUAA